GAGACAAGAAAAACGGUGAUAGUGUUCAACAUGGUUUAUCAGUGUUCGCUCUUGCCGCGCAAAGCUCCGAUGACUGGAUUGUGGACUCUGGGUGCACCAACUCAAUGUAACAAGAAUGCCUCAACAUGUGUGCAGAGUCACCACAACCCUACAAGCGAGGAGUCCACUUCUUGUGCUGCCGUGGAUGCCACGAGGGAGCAUAAAUGUGCUCACACAACCUCUGAUGUGCCUGCGCACAUUUGGCAUAAACGGCUGUCACAUUUGAGCAAAGCAGAAACUUCAGUGUCGGAGCCCUGCACUGGUGAUGAGGCCACCGAGGAGCAGGUCGAGCCCCUGAAUGCAGAGCCAGCUUCAUCUAGCGAUGGCGGGGAGCAGCAUGUGGCAGUGGUGCCACCAGAGCGCAGUGCUGAGGAUCCAGAGUGGGCCAUGAGCCCGCCUGACCACCAGUACCAGUCGUGCAGCGAUGGUGAGGAGUCCGAGGAGCAGUUGCCAGCAUCUGAGCACGACGUCAUCGCUCAGCCUAGCACGGGACGUCCCAUCAGAAGUACACGGGGUGUCAUGCCCGAAAGGUAUGGUGAUUACGAUCUAUCCCUUACGGCUCAUGUUGAGCCCGAGCCCCUUUUCUAUUAUGAAGCAAUGGCAUCUGAUAACUGUGAUAAUUGGAAAGCUGCAAUGCAGAAAGAAUAUAAUGCUCUCAUUAACAACAAUGUUUGGCGGCUAGUAGACCGACCAAAACAUACAAAUAUUGUAAAAUGUAAAUGGGUAUACAAGGUCAAAAGUGAAGCUUCGGGAAAAGAUAAAUAUAAAGCUCGGAGUAAUGACUUAAAAAUUAAUGCAUAUGCAGACGCAGACUAUGGAAACAAUCUGGUGGACCUGCUCGCAGUAGUAUGGUUUGCCUCCACUGUGAACAGUCGCGUCGCCGCGGAGGCGCUCGAGCACCACGGAACAAGCCAUCGCGACCUGUACCCUGGCGCGGGCGGCAUUGCCUUCCGAACACACUGA